UUGAAGGAGAAAUAGCUGAAGAUGGCAAAUGAAGAUAAGGUUAAGGUCCUUGGCGGUUGGGGCAGCCCCUAUUCCCUGGGAGUGGUUAUUGGGCUUGAAGAAAAGGGCAUAAAAUAUGAGUAUGUGGAAGAAAAAGAUUUGUUGUGUAAUAAGAGCCCCCUAUUGCUGAAAAUGAAUCCUGUGCAUAAGAUGAUACCUGUUCUUAUUCACAAUGGCAGGCCUGUGUCUGAAUCUGCCAUUAUACUGCAAUAUAUUGAUGGGGUAUGGAGCAAAAGCCCGGCUUUCUUACCAUCUGAUCCAUAUGACCGAGCCAUGGCUCUAUUCUGGACAGAUUUUAUAGAUAAGAAGAUUUGUUAUUCAGGAGGAAGGCGCAUACUUCUAGGUAAAGGAGAAGAACAAGAAGAAGGAAAGCGAGAAUAUAUAGAAGGAUUGGUAAUAUUGGAAGAAACUCUGAAAGGAAGAGAUUAUUUUGGAGGAAACACUUUUGGAAUGGUAGAUAUUGUGUUUGUCCCACAGAUAUGUUGGUUUCAUUCAUAUGAAAUCCUUGGAGAUUUUAAGAUUAUGCUUGCUAAAAAAUUUCCAAACAUUUUUGCUUGGAUGAAGAAAUGUUUGGAGAGGGAGAGUGUGAAGAAAUCACUGCCACAAGAAGCAAGAGUACUACAAGCAAUAAGGCAAUUUAGAAAGGAUUUUUUGAAGGAAGUUUAAUUAAAUUUUGUUUCAUUGAAGUUUAUUUAA